AUGGCAAACUAUGUAUCGAACAAUGAUCAAUACACCAAUUUUCCAGACGGCUACCCAAGAUUUGCUGCCUUGACCAGCACCCAUCCAUCAUUCCACAUUUCAAGACGCUUCUUACGUCUACGAGGACGCCUCGUGCUGUACAAGCAGGACAAUCUUGUUACCCUUGAGCAAGAGUUGGACCGAAUUGAUCGUGAAGAGCCCCGUGUGCUCUUCUUGGGAAAUUGUCGUCGAGACAAGAAUGAAGAGCGUAAAAAUAUCAUGAAAGAGAUUGAUACGGCACUCGAGUCAUAUGAUCAAUUGGUAAAAAGGAAUAGUGAGAUUUUAUGCAUGGAAGCGGCAAAGCCGAGAGACAUUACAAAUAUUAGGAAUUGGGUUAACGAGACGGGCUGCAUAACGAAAAGCGAGAUGGAUUACUUGAAUAGUCCAAUGGACCUCAUGUCUGUGGGAGCAUCCACCACCGACGGAGCGUUGAGCCAAUUGAAAGAUCCUGUGGAAGAUCUAGUCAAGUGUAAAGUAUCCCAGGACCCUCGCAUCUUCAUCCUACUGGAAGGUUGGGCAAAUGCUAUAAGCAGAUUGAUAAUGUCGUGUUUACUCGGACUGGCGAUUAUAGUCCCGGUGAUAGUGGUGGAAAGAAUAAACAAGCUCGUACCCCGUAUUGUCGCGUCUUUCUUCGGGACGACUGCCUUUAUUGCGUUGCUUUCGUUCGUUACAAAAGCAAAGACCGUCGAGAUGUUCAUUGCUGGCGCCACUUACGCAACGGUACUUACAGUCUUCAUUUCAGGGGAUGGGGCAAAUUCGUACAUAUCCUCUUGUCCCUGUGUCUCAGAAAGUAUACAAAAAUAA